CAAGGUUGUUACCCGUUCUAUCAGAAAGAUCCCUUUAUUAUGGAUGAAUGCCCUCAUGUGUACUUCAGCGGAAACGCACCAAGCUACCAAUGUAAAUUAGUCGCAGGACCUGAAGGACAAGAUGUUCUCCUGGUAGCAAUCCCAGAGUUCAGCAGCACACAGACAGCCUGUCUUGUGAACCUGUGCACCUUGGAGUGCGAGCCGGUCUGCUUCUCCUCUUUUUCCUCAGAGGAGGAUGAGGACAAUGAGAUGAAUAUCAGCCAUUAAACACUCACUUAUCAACAUGACACUUGUUCCUGUAGUCUGUCCAACAAAGACUUGUUUCUGUUGUUGUGUUUUGUUAAUAAAGCUCCC